GUUCCAAUUAAAUUGAGGAUUUCCAAAAAGAAAAAGUGAAGUAUAUAUAUGUAGCUUUUCUUUCAGAAAGAAUAGUAAUAGCAGAUUGUGAUUGAAUAUUAUGGUGAAUGAGGUAAAUGCACAAAUGCAGAGCUCCGAAAACGAAAAAGAUAAUAAGAAUGUUUUAGAGUUAAUGGAUUCGACGGACAGCUAUCUCCUUCUUAUGAAUUCUCUCUCUUCAUCACUUCGCCAGGGAUGGCUGGAGCUGGCAAGUGCUCGGCAUUCUAUGGGUGCUUCACGUAUCAAUAGUGCAUUGUUCGAUCUCAAAUCUCAUUCUGCUGCCACUACAUUGCAAUUAAAUCAUCAGGAUGCUGGGCAUGAAUCGGAGAAAUUGCAUAUCAGUUUGUGCAAGUGGGCGGCAUCGUCUGAGAGUCCAAAAAGCUGUUCCGAGGAAGCAAAAUUUGGGGAGGAUAAACCGUUACAGAAGAAAUCCGAUAGCCCAAUGGUUCUGAAUCAGGAUGGUUCUCUAAAUUCUGAAGUUCAGGAAGAAGCGGCAGAAGCUAGUGAAUCACCACGCACGCUUGAGGAUCAAGCUCGAAAAGAACGACUCAAGUCAUUAUCCAUGUUUGGGAUGCUGGUCUCUCCAAAGCUUCGAGCUGCCCAAUCAUCAUUUGAGACUGCUCUGGAAACUCUAGUAGAAGUAGCAAAUAAACAGGCAGACCUGCUUAAUGCUUAUGACCAGAGAAAUAAUCAGUAAUGGGUGCAAGUUAAGUUCAAGUUCACGUUAUUCUUGUUGUAUUCUAGUAACGUGAACUUAUGUUCCUUUACCAGACCCUCUGUCUGGACAUCUCGCCUCCAGACCUUGCUCAGUAGCCUGCCUCCUUCACCAAGGAGAAUAAAUCAAAUAAAAGCAAACAGCCCCCCUCCGAAAAGGGAAGCAAAAGGAGAAAAGAAAAGAAGAGGAACAGACUCAAAGGUGAAACAGAGAUAUGAUGGGAUUAGUUGAAUUGAUCCAUCUUUAAAACAAGUCUCUUCAUGCCUGUUGUCCUUACUGGAAGUUCAUGUUUGUUUUCUGGUUAGCUGUAAGAUUCUCCAAUGUACAGUUCACGUAUUCAUGUAGCUUUUUCCACAGGGCAGGAUUUAAUUUGUUUAAUUAACUCAAAACAUAUGAGCUACAGUCUUUUUUUGGGGGUGGGGUGGGGGUGCAUGUUUCAGUGGCCAACAAGAAUCAAGUCUUAUCAUGUGAAACAUUGAUAUGUAGAAAAAGAAUUAUUGUGAUGGAAUGUUUGAUAA